AUGAGCGACGACGCGACGCGCGCCGAGGUGGCGGCCAAGCUGCGCGCCGCGCAGCAGCAACAGCAGCAGCAGAAGAGCGGCGGCCGCAAGCUGCUGCGCUGGGACGCGGCGCGCUGGCAGCAGUUCGAGCGCACGCCGCAGUACACGACGCGCGUCAAGAGCGCGCCCAUUCUGCCCAUCCGCGCGCCGCUCUCCUCCAUCUAUGAGAUCCACUUCUCGGCCAGGAAGAACUACGCGCCCUCCGCGCUCAUGGAGAAGCUCAUCUCGGACACGCGCUCGGGCUCCGUGGUGAACGUGGGGCUCGUGAUCGACGCGACGGGCAGCGACACGUUCCUCCACGACGUCAAGGAGUGGGACGACUGGGACGUGCAGUAUGUCAAGCUGCGCGUUGACACGCCUGAAGAUGCGGAGGAGAAGGACCGCGAUGCCCACGACGAUAAGAUGGUGGAGGCCUUCUGCAAGGCGGUAGUGAGCCACUUGCAGGGCGAGAGGAAGGACAUGGACGUCGCUGUAUACGGCGCAGACGGAUACAACUUCGUCGGCUUCCUCGUUGUGAGUUUCUUGGUCGAGCACUGCGGAUUGAACCUGGACGCUGCGGUGGAAGAGUUUGCCGCCUCGACACAGCCCGGCAUCUACUCGCGACACUACCUGGAGCGAUUGUACUGCAAGUAUUUCAGCACGCUGCCGUCGGAAUCAGCACAACUGGCUGUGCCGGCUCCUCCACGCUGGGAAAACGACGAAACACGCAAGCGCAAGAGCGAGUCGUCUGUUGGCUACGAGGUCGUAACCGAACAGGACAGAGUGAACAAAUUCGUGCGGAAGCAGAAGAUCGUAGUGCCUGGCGCUGCGCCCUCUAAGCCGUCACCAGUUAGCAAUGGAAAGGCUUCUACACCGGGUGGUUUCCCCACGCCGCCUGUGUACAAAGCGCCAAUGUACAUUCCGCCGGAUCGACAGGAACAGCGCCCGGCGAAGCGUCGUAAAAUUCGGUCGUGGAUGGACGAAGUGGAGCCUCUAGCUUUUGGAGAGACGCUGGCAACUUCGUCCGAGGAGCACCAGAAACUGACCAAGUCAUUGGAGAAGCUUACUGGCAUUGAAGGGUUUCCAGGCUGCGAGACCAUUCCAUUCACGGCGACACACGUUGCGGAAGGCGCAUACAAGCGCAAGGGUUGCUUGACCAAGGCGUAUCUUGUGACGUGGAGGGCGCGUGGUCGUCGCUGCUUGCUUUACGUGACUGCGGACGGAACGUACGUCGUCUCUCGGGACAUGACCUUCACGAAGGUGGACAUGAAGUUCCCGAGGCGAAGGGCACCGAACGAGUUCCAGGCGAACACGCUGAUCGAUGGGCUUAUUGUGGAGGACCAAGAUCACGACACGAAAGUGGCACGAUACCUGACGUUUGACAUCCUUUUCCUGGAGGGCACGCCUAUCUGGCAAAAGAAGUUGGAAAAGCGACUGCAAUGUUUGCAAAACGAGAUCAUCGUGCCACGCAAGAAUGACAAGUCGUUCGACUACAACAAGGAACCUUUCCGCGUACGCAUGAAAGACCACUUUCGUCUGGCCAAGACUGAGUACAUGUUGACCAAGUUCGCCAAGAGCGUGACGCACGAGGUGGACGGUGUCAUCUACACCCCAACGGAGGCUCCGUACAAUCUCGGCGGCUUCGAGAGUGAAGAGCCCAUUUUCAAGUUCGUUGCUAGCGAAGGCGGAGGCAUCCCUGGUCUGGAUGGAAGCAUUUCCGAGCGGCGGCUUCUCCAGUACGUCAACUCCAUGCCGAAAUGAGCGAAUUAAAGCGAUGCAGGUCAGCACCAUCCUUCAUUGAUGCCAAUAGUGAAGAGCAGAAGAUGCUCUGCAAUCGAGGAAGGCAGCACCCCUACGAGAGAGUGAGUGAGUCAUUGGUCAGUCCAUGUCAUGCAUGUAAGUAGUUGUGGGGUUGCCGGUGCUUUUUGGAUACAGAGGGAGAAGAGAACCGAAUGAAAGCGAGAACAAGUGACAAUUGGGC